GGAAAAGAAGGGGUUAGUUGAGAAGUAGGAAUAUCAUAGCACAGUAGCGCGAAUAGGAUAGGAAGGAAAACCUACGACGGUAAGGCUACCAAGAGCUUGGAAGUAGAGAGUAGUCAAUCGCUCACCAAAACGUGCAGAGUGCGGGAGCGAGUUUUCAAACCAGAUGGAAGGUCAUCUACAACCGGAAGUGGUGAUGGACCAACCGGCUCAAAUGGGGGCGAGAUCUCCGCCAGCUGCUCCUGAUGCCGAUCUUACAGAGGAAAGGGUGAGAGUGCUAAUCGCACAGUGUUAUGAAGAAGGAAAUAUUCCUGAGGAUAUCCCCUGCGAGGGAGUGGAGGUCGUCGGCAGAGAAGCCGUUUUCAAAGUUAACCCAGAGUUUGAUCGGGUGAAGGUAGCGUGGCUCAAGGAGAGAACAGUAGUAGUGGUGUUCCGUGACGCUGCUAAAGAUCUGCCUCGCAAGGUGAAAGCAGAUCUCAUCCGGGCAUACGAGAAUGGUUGGUCACGAGAUGGGAUAUUCGAAGAACCAAUCCAACGAGGCACGAUCCGCUUUGAAGGCCCGAAUGUACUGGCAUACGUUGCCAGGAAUCAGACGAUCUCUGCAUGGCUCAUCAACAGAAGGGAAGAUGAGGUUUCAAUCUUCGGAGUCUCCUACUCUAUGAGCUUCAGGCAGUGGAUGACUCGUCUAGAAUGGAGAGAAUUUAGAAGAGUGGAGUUGGAAAGUAUGUUAUGGGUCAUGGCGUUACAAGUGCCGUUGGAUGCAGUAGUGUAUACUAAAGCUGCAGUCAGAAGAGUGAUCGGUGCUAUCACCAAAGAAUACCCUCCUAUUAGGGAUCGUUCAAAGCCGGAACUAAUGAACUUAAAGUACGAUGUCGAUCCACAGUUUAGGGAUCGGAUGGUCGAUCGGAUCUGGGUGAGAACGGACAAUGGGGAUAUGAGGGAGCUUAGGAUGGUCUGCUCCUCAACCCUGUGGUGUAAAAGGUGCAGGGGUUACUUUCAUGAGGAGGAGGACUGCACUAAAGGUCUUGUAGGGAGACAAGGCGAUUGGAGGCGAACGGAGGAGAACCAAAGACCGUUUACUACGGUAGCAAGCAUGAACUUUUACGAAGAUACUCAUCAGAGAAACGCGGCUGGUUCAUCAAACCCGCUGCCCGGCAACUAUGAGCAAGGCAACCAGAGCCGGAACCGAUACAACGAUUCUCACCUGGAUGUCGCCACAAGGCACGAUGGCAUUUUAACAGCGGCCAGAAGAAGUUUCGGGGAGCUGAUUCCGUUCAGGCUAGUCCUAGAAAUCUCUACACAGCGUUUCUACGUGGACUGGCAGGAUAGGAAGAUCAAGUACACUGUUGCCUUGAUUGACGCUUAUGUGUCGCCUGACAUUCUUCAGGGUCUCACAGACAAUGGGUUGAGGUUGCUACCUAUCUCAUUGUUUUUGCAAAAUAGAGAUGAACCUCUUGGGGAUAUCAAAAUUGAUCAGGAGAUCCCAGCUUCCUUCUUGGCUGGUCUGAACGAGAAAUUGCCACCGAACAAGAAGCUUGAUUCCAUCUUUGUGCGAAAUGAGGAGGAAAGAGACAGGAAAAGGGACGAUACCGUAGAAGCAAUAAGAAGCACGGACAGAGCGUGGAAGAAGGGAGCGACGUGGGGGAGAGAACAGGAAUUCACGGAGGGAGAUCAGAAUACCCCUCGGGCACGACUCUCUAUCGAGAAGUAGUGGCCAUAGCUGGCCAUGGGUAGAGGCGUGCGGCCAUAGCUGGCCAUGGGUAGAGGCGUGCGAGCAAGUUUGGGUGAAAAUUUCAAUAACUCAAAUACUUAUUUUUCCAUGACUGCUACUUUAGAAAGAUGUGAAAGUUCAAAUUUAUGGGGUCGUUUUUGUGACUGGGUUACCAGCACUGAAAACCGACUCCGCAAGGUUCGUCCACGGAGGGUGAGUCAGGGCCUAAGAUUAGGCCGAAAGGCGCAGUCGAUGGACAACAGGCGAAUAUUCCUGUACCACCCCUUAUUUGUCCCGAGGGACGGAGAAGGCUAGAUUAGCCGAAAAAUGNAAUAUUCCUGUACCACCCCUUAUUUGUCCCGAGGGACGGAGAAGGCUAGAUUAGCCGAAAAAUGGUGAUCGGUUCAAGGAUACAAGGUGAGAAGGAGUGGAGAAAACACUCUGAGCUAACAUCCUAGUACUAGGUGCUACGGCACU